AUGAUUUUUAGGCAAGCAAGUCAAACUGUGUACACUCAAAUCACCCCGACAUUGAACAUCAUCGAAAAUAACCCGGACGUGCCUCAAUUUGAACUUUCAUCAGUCCAAGAAGUCGAACAAGAAAUGAAUGCGGUCGUUGCCAGCGCAAGUACCGGCAGCGUUUUUGUCCGUAAUGCAACAGUUCAAACAGGCACACCUACUAGCUCUUCUGUUGAAGUCCCGACUGAUUUUCCGAUUUAUGGCGACCAAACUUCUGAUGGCGAUUUCCCAAUCGCAACAACAACCACAGCGCCGGCAACAACAACAAGAGCAGCAACAACAACAACUACAGUCGCAACUCCUAGCGGAACGCAGCCGCAAGACUUCCCAAUUUACGAAGAUGAUAGUAUUGAAAUCAUAGAAGACAAUUCCGACAACAGCGGCCUCUUCCCAGUCGUAACCGAUCCUGCAACAACUACUCCUGCCCCAACAACGACCACAAAAACAACAACGACGAAGACAACCACAGUGAAUCUUGGCACCCCUCCAACUGGAUUUCCGAUUUACGACGAUGAUGAGAUACCAAUUACUGUCGACGUGGACGGUCUCUUCCCGGUUGUAACUGAUGAUAGCUCCACACCGCCAAACACAACGACAACCGAACAAACCACAACAACAAAAUCAACAACUACUACGAUUUUUGAGCUUCCCGAUGAUUUCCCAAUUUAUGAGGAUCAAGGACCAAACGGCGAUUUCCCGAUAAAUGAUGACAAUACAACAACAACUGCAGAGCAAAUCACCACAUCAACGUCGACAUCAACGUCGACAUCAACGUCGACUGUCGAAUCAGAAACAACAGCUGAGCCGACGACAGUAUCGGACUCAACCCAGUCAGUUUCUCUUGGAACUACUGCUGAACCUGAAACAACAAAAGCUGCGGAACCAGAAACGACGACGGAGGAAACGUGGAAUUCCGGCUCCCAGACAAUCCUUAGCAUAUGUUUACUUCUUGCUUCACUGACCAUCUUCUAG